GGGCAUGCCGGGGACAGCCUCAAAACCCUUACCGACAUCCGUGCCGAGUGGACGCUCCCUCUCGCUCUGUCCUCUGACCGAAAUUCUUUGUCACUUUUUCUUUAAAGAUUAGUAACAUUUCCUUUCGUUGGGGGUAUUAGGUGAAUUUCUCUAUUCAAUUCCUUGUGUCUGAAGAAUAUCGGGGACUUUAUUUUCUGCAGUCGACGGACUUUCCCUGACGAGACUGUAAUCGAGUGUUGCUGGAUUCCGACAGACGAAAGACAGACAACGACAGUGACCUCAAGCCUUCCUCUGCCGCAGGAGUAGCAAGGUGUGGCUUCUUCCAAUUCAAUGAGCCAGUUCUAAGGAACUAGCCGGCGCAUCACUAUGGGAAGUCUCCGAGAACGUAUAUGCUCAUAAAAGGACACUAGGUUAGCCCGGAGAGGCCGAAGAAUUCUGUAAAGAGGAACAACAUGAAGGCAAUGUCACCCCUAACAAGUCUGUUCGCGGUGUUGGGCGUCCUGACGGCGGCCGCGGCUCAGUCUCUCUUCGACGGCAUCGACUUCACCCUCGGGGCCAGUGACGCCGAGACCUCGCCUCCCGAGGGCACGUCGCUCUUCUCCCUGGACGCCCGGAGUGAAGGGGGGCAACGGGAGUCUCUCUUCGGCGGCGUCAAGAUGUCCCACAGCCUCAAGGAGCUCGAGGAAGAGGGAGUACCGCUGGGGUCCCUAGAGAGCUUCAGGCCUUCGAGGAGGGCGAGUCUCUCCGAGCUUCAGGUGACGAGUCGGCCUCGUCGGCCUCCCUCCGGACGUAGGGUGGCCUCCGCUACCGUGUCGGUCGGGCUGUCGGGGGCGCAGGGUGCCUCCGGGAGCUCCCUGUUCGACACGGUUCCCUUUGCUGGGGCGAAUCCUCACCAGGAUCGAGGCUUUGGGUCCGGCAGCAACCCCCUAAGCAGGAGUACUGGCAGAGGGCCAACUCCGUUCCAUGACACCCCUGUUUACGAUGCACCUGCUUCUCAUGAUGAUUACCCCGAGGAUUAUGUGGACGACUAUGAGGACGCGGAGACGCAGCCCUCGAAGUCCACGCACAGGUUCCUUCUGCCUUCCGACCGGAACGAUGAGUACAGAAGCAACGAGAGCGACGACGGGCAGUCCACCUCGCGCGCCCUCCAGGUCCUGGCUCGGUCGGCGCAGCAGUUGGCGGCCGCCCUGGAGGAGAGGCAAAGCAGCGACUACCACUCCACUUUCCCCCACCAAGUGCAGGGAGACUUUCACUCCGUCCUGGAGACUCUGGCCUCCAAGAACUCCGGAUCCAGAGGGACAGGAAGCGAAGGAGCCGACGGAGAAGAAGAGCCGCCCUUUUUAACGGAAGAGGAUUUGUCGAAACUCUCCAAACUUUUCGGCUCCUUGGAGGUUGAUAGCAAGGAGGCUGCGGCUCCCUUCGGCAACCAAGACGGAAUGGAUGAAAAGCAGAUUGCUGAGAUCAGGCGGAAGCGACUUGAAGACCUGCGCCUGGCUCUCGAAAUCAUUAGGGACUUCGAAGAGCCUACCUCUGAGGGCGACGAGGGAGACGAGGAAUUCGAGUUGAUGUUGGCCAAAUCACUCUUCAAUAAGAAGAUCAACUCCCUGACCGAGCUGAACAGGAAGCAACGAGACUCUUUGGAUUCUCUGAUGGAAAGCAUGAGGAGCAGACGCUUUCAAUACGCUUGCUUUUGCUGCUCUUGGUUCCAGUGCAGAUGCAUUGUCUUCCCCUGUUUCGGAUACAAGCAGGUAUCUCCUUCCUAGCCAGAAUGUGGUACCUGCCCGUGAUCCAGGCCCGCCUUCCCCUCCUCCAACACUUGGAACUUUAAAUUCUUAUCUGCCCCCUAACCAGAACCCAGCACCGCUUCGUAACCCUGGCCCGCCUUCGCCACCUCCAACAACGGGUCCUGUAAAUAGUUAUCUCCCUCCCAAUAGGAACCCAACACCUCUGCGGGAUCCAGGGCCACCUUCCCCUCCUCCUUCUCCACCUGUAAUUGUCCCUGCGACAGCAUACGCCCUCCCAGCUGGUCAAACACAGUCUAAUCCUUCGGCGUCUUACUUGCCUCCACAACCAAGCCCUCAAGCCAACCCACUUCCCCCGACUAUCAUUUAUGCUCUUCCAGCUCCCCCGCCAGCACAGGCGGAUGCUGGGCCUCCUGCACCACCACCCAUAGCUGCAACCACAACACGACGUCCUGCUCAGACUUACCUGCCUCCUUUCCGAGAUGAAGUUACCCCUCAGAGAGGUUAUCGGCCACCUGCAGUGCCUUUGCCUCUGGAAACUUCUAAUGACGACAACUUAAAUGACUGGAGACCUUUAUCGAAUCCAAACAACCACAGAGGCUACAGCAGUGACCCACUUGACGUCCCAGGUGGAGGACGUGACACUCGUAAUGAAACUUCCACCGCUGUCCACAACUACCACUAUCACUACCAUAUCACAGGAAGCAAGGACGAGCUCUUCCAGACCGAGGGCAAAGCUAGCGCAGACAAGCCAGCCCGCGACAGGGUCAAGGAAUGUCAGUCCGGAAUAGACUGCAGCUUAUUUGAGCCUUCACACUUCCUCACAGCACCCAGUCAGGCUGACGAUUUCAGCGAGUCGUCCUACAGCUCACUAGAUCAGGAAAGAGGGCCAAGCGCAGACAGGCCACGCCCUCAGCCUCCUCUGAAUCCACGUCGUCCUUUGCGGGGUUAUGGCCCACCGCCUACCACGACGCCCGCUAACCCACCGGUGCCCAUGUACGGCUAUGGUCCCCCUCGAACAACGACACCAGCCAACCCUCCGGCCCCUGUGUAUAGCUACGGCCCUCCUCCCACGACAACGCCUGCAAACCCCCCAGUCCCUAUGUAUGGCUAUGGCCCUCCGCCGCCCUCAAACAAGUCUAUGGACCUCCCCCAACAACCCCUGCGACUCCUCCAUCGCCUCCCCCAGUAGUAUACGGUGCUCCACCGGCCAACCCGCCUGCUCCACCACCAACACUGCCUCCAGCCAAUCCCUCUCCCCCAUCACCGCUGCGCCCCAGAACAUUUACUUACUGCCCGUCCCAAAGCAACCUAAAGCCCCCUUGGACCCGUUUGCGUUCCUGAAGCCGAAAGUUAAGAAGGCCAAGCCAGGGCAGCUGGUGGCAUUCGGGCCUCUGCCAGUCAGACGUCUGCCCGCCCAGACUGUUCAGAUUACAAACGAUCAACAAAGCAAUCCUGUAGCCAACGACCAGACAAACCUCCUGACACAGCAAAGGGACCAAUUACAACGCCAGUACUUACAAAACGAGCAACAGCUUUUGCAACAGCGCCAGCAACUGAGAGAUCUAAAUCAGUUGCAAAUGCAGAUAAGAAUGCAAGAGCUUCAACGAGAGCAAUUAAAGAAAACGCUGUUCCACCAAGUCAGCAAGGACAAGUUCGGGGGAGACUUCAAAAAGAUAUUUUACAAAGGCGCGGUGUUACUUGGCGCAAUGUCACUCAUCCCCUUCGCAGCUGGCCGCCGACGGAGGGACGCGGAGUGGCACGCGAGGGCCACCGAAGAACCCCUUCUUGAGAGGGCCACCGAACUCUCAGCUUUCUUGAAUCGGUCCCUCGCACUCAACGUCACUAACCCUCAUGACAGACAGACCGACGGCGAAGUUGCGAAGAUUCUCCAACUCGUCGGGAUAAGCAACAUCUCAGAGGCUGGGUUACAAGAGGUCGAGUCUUCGCUCCCGCCGCCGCCCGUCUUGAAAGACCCGGUCUGCCUCCAGAGGUCCUUCUGCUCGCUCAUGGAAGGACUUGAGGGAACUGAGUAUCAUCAGGACUUUCUGCUGCAGUACUUGAAGAUGUUCCCGGACGACAGGAGGAAUCCCGCCGUGGCGCAGGCUCUGAGUUUAGCCGAGAAGCGAGAAGCUGGGGAAGAGGCUGAGAUUCCAGAACGGAACGAUGUCUGUCAGGCUUACCGCUGUCCUGUGCCUGACCACUACCUUUGACUGCUCUCUAUUAGUCCUUUGUGAGAUAGAUAAACUGUACAGACCAAUUAUUGUCACGGGGGGACAGUGAUUGUGUAAAAGAUCAUGUAAAUUCAUGUAAAACUUUAUUUGUUUUCUGUAUGAAUGUCGAUCUAGCAUAGAAUCUGUUUAAGAAGUAUAAAAGACAUUUACACAGAUCUUUUCCUCGCUUCUCUCCAGUUAUUACGUGCUUUCCAGAUUUUGAAAAAAAAGAA